AUGCUAAAAUCCGCAAUUGCUUUGCUAUGUGGGCUUCUUGCUUUAAAUUUGUGUGGAGCUUGGGCAGAAUCCAUGAGUUGUCCUUUGAAGGACCCGCCUAGCCAGUGCGGAGGAUACUGUCUUGGUGUACUCAUGCCCGUGUUAAAUCACCUGAACAUUCCCCACAAUCUGGCGAAUUCAAGCAAGGCUAACGAGGUCAUAGUGAGACAGUACACUAUGGAAGGCCAACUGACUGCUCUGAAGGAUAAGCAACUAAGCACUGAAGUCGCACUGGAUGCCCAGGGCAGAAAACUGGAUAUUAACGAACAGAACUUUACUGACCGACUGAAUGGCUUGGAAAGCAUACUGUCGGCCCUGGAGGAAACAGUCAUAAACCUAGAAACCAAAAUGAAAUACUUCAGAUUCGAGCAAAUCGGCUCAAAGUACUAUUACAUAGAGAAAGUAUCCGAGAAGAACUGGUCCGAUGCUUCAAAAACUUGUCGCAAUAUGGGAGGGCACCUGGCCGACAUUCAGGACGAGGCAGAUCUGAACGCCAUCAAGGCGAAUCUCCAGAGAGACACGCAUUACUGGCUGGGAAUCAACGACUUGAAGUACAAGGGCGAAUUCUUGUCCAUGUCCACGGGCAAGUCGGCUCCCUUUCUGAAAUGGGGCUCGGGAGGACCCUCUCAGUUGGACACCUUCAACUGCGUGUUCCUAUACAAUGGGGAAAUGCACAAUUACCCAUGCAAAUAUAACUUCCAGUUCAUUUGCCAGACCGAGGAGUAA